AAAGAGUCUGAAGUUGUUGAACGUGGUAAGUGCUGGCAUCAAUUCUACAAUUCUUCAACACAAGGCAGACCAGAUUCACCAAAGAUGACAUCUUCAGAGUCACCUCUGGACUGAAAAGGAUUGCUAUUUAUUAAUCUCUAUCAAAAAUUGCCAUUGGUUUUGUUGGUAAAGAGUUCCAAACAGAUGAUGUAUGUUCUUUAAGUAUGAUGACAGUGUUUUGGACAGCUGUUGUUGUCUGCAUAUGUGGACACACAUUGGAAAUUGAUGGAACAGCUGGGAAGGAUGAACCAGCCAGCUUGACCAGCACUGUAACGCCUACUACUUCACCCACUAUUAAACCAACAGAAGAUGAGAGUAUCAAACUUGUGGAUUGGCUCACAAAAUAUGGAUACCUCCCGCCCCCUGAUCCCUCUACAGGUCAGUUACAGGCCUGGACAGCCGUCACUCAAGCUGUGAAGCAAAUGCAGAGAUUUGCUGGUUUGGAUGACACUGGAGUUUUAGAUGAAGAGACACUUCAGUUAAUUCAGACCCCUCGAUGUUCACUCCCAGAUGAGGGUGACCAAUCUGUUCAAUUGUCAGCCUUACACAGUGAUGCAAAGAGUCAGAGGAUUAAAAGGGCCGUGUCUACCUGGGCCAGACGAAGUAUCAACUGGAGGUUGCGCUCUUACCCAGCAUCCUCCAAACUGUCCCGUGAAAUAAUUCGCUCCCUGGUGUACUACUCGCUGAGAGUGUGGGCUGAUCCAACACAGCUUGAGUUCCAUGAGGUGCGAGGACCAGAGGGGGCUGACUUCCAGAUCGAUUUCUUGCAUGGUCCCCAUGGAGAUGGAUUUCCCUUUGAUGGUGCAGGUGGAUCUGUAGGCCAUGCGUUCUUUCCGUCAGAUCCAGACAGGGCGGGUGGAGUUCACCUGGAUGCAGAGGAGGAAUGGGCCUUUAGACAACCAGCAACGGAGGGGACUGAUCUGUUCACAGUGCUCGUGCAUGAGCUCGGUCACUCCCUCGGACUUACCCAUUCGUCAGCACGACAAUCUGUAAUGCGGCCGUACUACCAGGGACCCCUGGGAGACCCCUUACACUUCCGCCUGGGACAUCAUGACCUUCAGCAUAUAAUAGCCCUUUAUGGUCAGAGGGGGAACCAUAUUCCAACUGACAGACCUCUUGUUGUAACGGAACCCCAAAUGCGACAUCGACAUGGAAGUGUACACAGACUCACAAACGGCCAUUUUGACAGAAGUUCUGUGGAUCGCUGUAACACCAGUUUCGAUGCCGUUGCCAAGAUCCGAGGAGAGAUCUUCUUUUUCAAAGGGCAGUAUAUGUGGCGUGUGAGCAGAGGUGGUCUGGUUUCAAUCCGGGCUGUUUCUAUACAGAGACUCUGGUCUGCUCUUCCAUCUCCACUUCCUCCUCUGCGAGCUGUUCUGGAGAGGAACGCGGAUCAUGCCAUCAUCUUUAUUAGUGAGUCCCAUAUUUGGCUGUUCAAGGAUCUGUCACUUCAAGAAGGCUUUCCACAGUCUCUGGAUCCAGAAGAUUCACAAGGAAGUUGGCAAGGACUGCACUGGGAUCCUACCCAGGGUGUGGUGUGGGGGUCCAUGAGUGAAGAAAGAGAAAAGGGGGGAAACCAAGAGGAAAGUGAAGUCUGGAGUGAGCUCAUUAAAGGAGGAGUGAACGGCAUUAUCACAGAGAAUGACGAGAGAGACGAGGAUGGACAUUUUAAAGGUUCAACCUACGUUUUCAAAGGCAAUUCCUAUUGGAAAUUUGCUCACCCUGGCUCCACCCCUGAAGAGGGAUACCCCCGCCCUCUGGCCACUGAUUGGUUUGACUGCCCUCAGCCUUAUAGCCCCGAUGACAUCUCAUUGAUCUCUCACUUUGGUCAACAGGAACUUCGUAAACAGAAAGGAGAGAGAAUAGUCGAUCAGAUUAGGCACAAAGAUGAAACAGACAGAGAUAAACAUCAUCACUGGGAUUGUCCAUGUCUGAAUACUGCAGUGACCUCUACUGGACACACACUGUUACUACUGCCUGUUUUAUUCCUGCUGGCUAUGACUUUUUAUCUGUCACUUUAACAUAGUCACAGAUAGGGGCGCAACAUUUUCUGAGGGGUAUGCAAGAUCAGUAUUCUGUAGCAGUAUCUCCCACCCCAAUAUAAAAAUAGUUUUUCAUUUUCAUGUUCUGUUCUGCGCUUU